GCAGAGUGGAUAAUGACAGCAUCAGUAUCAUCUGCAGCUUAAUGUGAAGGUCACACUUUAACCCUGGCAUAGAAAUCAGCAGAUACUUUGUAAAUCUGUGCACAGUUCACUGCCAUUUUACAAACAUCUCUUUCUUUAAUUUGAGAGUUCACAUUUUCAGAAGAGACACUCAAAGGAUUAUUAGGAGUGAGUGAAGAGUUUCUCCAUAUUAGAGUGAGCAUGGGAUAGGUCUGCUCCAAUGACCUAGAGCCACAUGCCAUGUAGCUGCUGGGUUAUGCAGGUAUUUCAACCAUGUAGGUGUUUAAAUCAAAGUCGAGGGGAGGGCGGGAGGGCUUGUUGUGAGACUAAGUUAGGUGGGGAGGGGAAGUCUUUGAAAUAUGGUUGGGAGAGCGCAUGUUAUCUUUUCUCCUCGCCAUUAGACGUCCAGGUUUGGUGUGUCAUUGGUUGCAGCCCAGAGCUGGCACCAGCUCAAAGGGGAUGUUGAGAAAUGCUGCCCAUAUGGUGGCACUAUAAAAUCUAGCACAGACCACAACCAAAGACAAGGAUCUGUUCAGGACGCCAGCACAGCAUCAAUUCAAAAACCACAUUUCCCGCAGCGCCUGAGGAUUUUAGCCUUCCAAGACGCCAAGGGGACCAGGACCAGUUGCUUAAAGGGGGAGGUCCUGUCGGAUUUAAUAUGAAUAUUCUGUGUCAUGUUAUGUUCCUGCUUCUGCUGGGAGUCAUUUCUUGCCAGAACAACAAUCGCAAUGUCAAGCCGGGUGGAAAACCUGCAAAGAAGCCUAACAGCCAAGCUGUAGAGGCAACCCAGCAUGGCCCUGAAGAUGACCCAAACCCUGGGCUGGCAGGUGCUGCCGAUUCCAGUAAAGAAACGAAUCCCGGAGGUCGCGGCACCACCCAACAAAGCGCAUCUGUCAACAAGCCUGUUGAUGAAAUGAAGCUGUACUUUCUUAAAAACACAUUAGUGACAUGCAACGACGGUACUGCCGCUGGGUUUUACCUAAAGGAGUUCAAAGGAAGUAAGAGAUGGCUGAUAUUUUUGGAAGGUGGCUGGUGCUGCUACAACAAAGAGACCUGCGAUUCUAGAUACAAAGCUAUCCCCCGACUUAUGAGCUCGACUGACUGGCCUCAGACACGCAAAGGGAGUGGUUUGCUAUCAACACAAGCUGAUGAAAAUCCUCACUGGUAUAAUGCCAAUAUUGUGUUUGUUCCCUACUGUUCAAGUGAUGUGUGGAGUGGUAACAAAGUAGCAUCAAAAUCCAAACAGGGAAAAGAAACAGAAUAUGCUUUCAUGGGAUCUCAAAUCAUUCGGGAGGUGAUCAAAGAUCUUGCCCCAAAAGGACUGAAACAAGCCAAAGUUGUGAUGUUGGCAGGAACGAGUGCCGGUGGAACAGGUGUGCUGCUGAACAUUGAUAAGGUGUCCGGUCUUCUGGAGCAGCUGGGUGCAGAUGCUCAGGUGCGCGGCCUUGUCGACUCAGGCUGGUUUCUGGAAAGCAAACAGCAAAAAGUUCCUGACUGUCCAGACAGUGCUUCCUGCACCCCUGUAGAUGCCAUAAAAAAAGGACUUCGUUUGUGGAGUGGUGUUGUUCCAGAAAAGUGCAAGCAACAGUAUAAAAGAGGCGAGGAUUGGCAAUGCUUCUUUGGACACAAACUGCACUCCUACAUAACCGCUCCGCUAUUUGUGGUGCAGUGGUUGUUCGACGAGGAACAGUUACGAGUGGAGAACAUUUACAUGGGUGGCCAGUCACUCUCAGAGCAGCAGUGGACCUACAUGCAGAACCUGGGAAAAGAGCUAAAAAACUCCUUCAAAGAUGUUACGGCCGUGUUCGCACCCUCCUGUCUUUCCCACACUUUGAUAACCAAAAGUAAUUGGAUGGAUUUCCAGGUCAAGGGGACGUCACUUUCCCGUGCUCUGCAGUGCUGGGACAAAAGUCUUCAGGAGGCCAAUAAAAACAGCAAAACCGCUCUGAAGGGCUGUCCCUUCCAUCUCAUCGAUAACUGUCAGUGGCCACAGUGCAAUCCAACUUGUCCAGCCCUGAUUGACCAGGCCACACAACAGGAGAUGACUCUGCUCCAGGUGCUGGCCAGUAUGGGCUUGGACCUGCAAAAGCUAGGCUUGGAUGUAAGCGGGGAUAUUUCAGCCAGCAUGGUCAGCAAUGGUGGCUAAAUUAGCAUUAGCGAGUGGUGGUGUUCUUAUCGACACAGUUCACCUCAUCCAUAAAUUCGAGAUUGUUCAGUGGCUUCCUCUCUGGCCACUUCCAGAGAUGGACCUGGGUUUGUCUAGUAGUGAACAUGUCACUGGAUUUCAGUACCGACAGUCUGCCUUUAAAACCAUGUUCUAUCAACAGGAAUGAUUUCGGGUUCUCCAAGUAAGUGACCCUGAGCAACCUCUAGACACAGUUAAUCAAUGGUUAUCACAACU